UUCAAAGAAUGGUUCCGAGCAUCCUGGCCCGAUCUUCUUGCUUUUGCGCUCUGUGGUGCUGCCUCCCUCUGUAUCUACGCGUUCCUGAAUCCACUCGCUCCCCGGUACUUCCCACUUACCCACGGCAACCAAAUCAUUUCCCCUCAGUUUGGAUACCCUUGGAUGAAGGAAUACAUUCCCACUUGGAUGUCGGCACUCGGCUCUUUCCUUAUCCCAUUUGCUUUUAUUGGGCUCAUCUCUAUUUUCUUCAUCGGCAGUUUUUGGGAUACUGAUGGUGCAAUUAUGGGACUCUCUUACGCACUUUCUGCAGCAACACUCUUCCAAGCCGUCAUCAAAUGGAUCAUUGGUGGUCUUCGUCCUCACUUCUACGAAAUCUGCCAACCGCGCCCCAUGAUGUCUGGCGAAGGCUACGAAAACAUGUUCUACGACACCUCAAUCUGCACCGGCAACCCCAAACAAAUCAGAGCAGCUUUAAUGUCGUUCCCCUCAGGCCAUUCUGUCGCCGCAUUUUCCGGCUUUAUCUUCCUGGCACUCUGGAUCAACGCAAAGUUCAAGGUCUUUGCAGAUUACAAGACGCGCAUGUGGCAAUUACUCUUGUUCAUGCUUCCGAUCUUGGUCGCUGUCCUUAUUGCUGCAAGUAAGACGAUUGAUUACUGGCACCACUGGUACGAUGUUCUCGCGGGUGCUAUCAUUGGAACCUUAUUCGCAUUAUGGGGAUAUAGACAAGUGUAUUACUCCAUAUUCGAUUACCGUUACAAUCACGAACCACUCCCAAGACACGUC